AUCGCAGGUGUGUUGUCCGGCAGUUUGAAGGAGGCUCCCUCAGCGCACACGAUCGUGAGCUCUGAAGGUAAUUUAAUUAAAGUCAGCAGCAGUGGAGGGUUCAGAGACGCCGGUGGAGCCAGAGCAUGCCGGGAAACUAAACUAGUCAACUUUCAGAGGAGAAGCUGAGUUUGGUCUCACCUCAACUGACUUCUUCUCGGUUUCCGGCCGUGCCGUUGGAUGGAGUGAUUGAGAUCCACAUCGAUUUGGAUUACCGUGUGGGGGCUGCGCUUUUUUGUGCACAAUGGAUUUACGCAUUGCCAGACGGACAGGAGCUUUACUCAUUGUUUUCACAUUUUUGAGUCUUCUGAAUGGCUCCAGAGGAGAAAUCCCAUCCAAACCAACCGCUGGUGUCACGAUCUUGCCCCCGGUUAAGCCCGACAAUGGCCCCCAGGCCUUUCCAGACGCGGAGAAGGCAAAUUUACCGGUGUUUACAAUGGACUAUCCAAGAAUACAGAUACCGUUUGAGAUCACUCUGUGGGUGCUGCUGGCUUCAUUCGCGAAGAUUGGUUUCCAUGUGUACCACAAGAUCACCAUCUGGGUGCCAGAGUCCUGCCUUCUGAUCAGCAUUGGUCUGAUUGUGGGUGGCAUCAUGCACUCCGUCCACGAGGAGCCCCCUGCUGUGCUCACCAGCAAUGUCUUCUUCCUCUACAUGCUGCCCCCCAUCGUCCUGGACUCAGGCUACUUCAUGCCCACCAGGCCCUUCUUUGAGAACAUCGGCACGGUGUUGUGGUUUGCAGUGGUGGGGACUCUGUGGAACAGCAUCGGCAUUGGCAUGUCUCUGUUUGCCAUAUGCCAGAUCGAGGCGUUUGGGGUGCAGGACAUCAACCUCCAGGAGAACCUGCUGUUCGCCACCAUCAUCUCGGCCGUGGACCCCGUGGCCGUGCUGAGCGUGUUUGAGGACGUGUCCGUCAACGAGCAGCUGUACAUUGUGGUGUUUGGGGAAUGCCUCUUCAACGAUGCUGUCACUGUGGUGUUGUACAACAUGUUCAACUUUGUGGCGGAGAUGCCGGUUGUGGAGCCGGUGGAUGUUUUCCUGGGGGUGGCGAGGUUCUUCGUGGUCGGGCUCGGUGGGAUGGGCUUCGGCAUCCUGUUCGGCUUCGUGGCCGCCUUCACCACCAGAUUCACCUCCAAGGUCCGAGAAAUCGAGCCGCUCUUCAUAUUCAUGUACAGCUACCUGGCCUACCUGGUGGCCGAGCUCUUCGCCAUCUCGUCCAUCAUGGCCAUCGUGACCUGCGCCCUCACCAUGAAGUACUACGUGGAGGAAAAUGUUUCCCAGCGUUCCUGCACAACCAUCCGCCAUGUGGUCAAAAUGCUUGGCUCUAUCUCCGAGACCCUCAUCUUCUUCUUCCUGGGGGUCGUCACCAUAACAACGGAACACGAGUGGAACUGGGGCUACAUCCUGUUCACAUUGCUGUUUGCUUUUGUUUGGAGAGGUCUGGGUGUCUUGGUGCUGACCCAGAUCAUCAACCCUUUCCGCACCAUCCCAUUUAACUUGAAAGAUCAGUUCGGUCUGGCCUACGGCGGCCUGCGAGGCGCGAUCUCGUUCGCACUGGUCUUCACUCUGCCUGAUAACAUCGGCCGCAAGAAGCUCUUCGUCACUGCCACAAUUGCUAUCAUCCUCUUCACUGUCUUUCUUCAGGGCAUCAGUAUCCGACCUUUGAUCGAGUACAUCAACGUCCGCAAAACCAACCGCAAUCUUGGCACCAUCAAUGUAGAGGUUCACUGCAGGCUAAUGGAGCACACCAUAGCUGGCAUAGAGGACCUGUGUGGACAGUGGAGCCACUUCUACUGGAAGGACAAGUUUAUGAAGUUCAACAAUCGAAUCCUGCGGAGGAUCCUGAUCCGAGACAACCGGGCCGAGUCCAGCAUCGUGGCCCUGUAUAAGAAGCUGGAGCUGCAGAACGCCAUGGAGAUCCUGGACACGGUGUCUGGAGACAUCAGCGCCGCUCCGUCCAUCGUCUCUCUCUAUGAGGAAAAGAAAAGCUCUGCUAAACCGAAGAAGAAGUUCCUGGCUUCCGACCUUAGGAACAUGCAUGACAUCCUGUCCAAGAACAUGUACAAGAUCAGGCAGCGGACGGUGGCAUACACAAGUAAGCACGCCCUUCCCAAUGACAGCCACACUAAAGAGAUACUGAUCAGACGCCACACCAGCAUCCGACGAAGCCUCCGACCCGGCAGCUUUCAGACAUCGGUGGUGCCCAAAUCUCAUAAGUACUUCUCGCUUCCUGCUGGGAAAAGUCUGGACUCAAGAUUUCCUCCUGGGAGGCUGAGCUACACAGAUGAUCAGGAAACAAUGUCAGAGGUUGCCUACCCCUCCAGUCGCUCUCGGUUUCGCCAGCCUGAACGCUCCUCCUCCAGAGCCAUGAUGCCUCUACGCAGGUUGGACACCCUGAAAGAGGUGCCCUCUGUUGUUGACAUGCUGGAUGAACACACAGUGGAGGAGAGAGGCCGGACAGGGCGUGGCAUGUCCAGAACAAAGUCCUCUUCCAGCGAUUCCCACAUCCCUGCUCCUCGGCGUCAGCCCCGCUCCUCUGCUGACAACGACAGCGCCUCGGCUGACAACUUCAGAAAUGGGCAUCAUGAGGCAGAAGAGGAGGAGCAGCAGCCUCCGUCUCCGUCUCCAGCCUGGGCUGCUGAACCCAGAGACAACACAGCACAAAACCCGCUGCUCAGACGGCCUCAGUGGAACCAGAAGAAGAUGUAAAAGUGUCCCUGGCUUUCAGAGAGCAGCUGGACUGCCACAGACUGGGUCUCAGGAUCUCAGCUCCAGGGUCUCUACAUAAAACUGUGUCUUCAUACUAUUCCUUUAUUAGAGGUGAGCCACCCUUCAAAAUGAGCCAAAAUGGACAGUAGUACGUUAGAGGCAGAGCAGUCGGCCACAGCAGAGGCUCAGUGUAUUAUAGUGAAGGACCUGUAUGAGCUGACGACAGCUGCCAAUCUGUGUAGUUAUUUCAACCAUUCACAUCAGUGGGAUUUUAAAUACUUCUCAUCUUCCUGUAGGAUUUUUUAAAUGUUCAAAGACAAUGUAAUUUAAACUAUUUUAUAUUAAGUAAUUAUUUCUUAGUCUUUGCAUGUAAAUAUUGUACUUUUUUGUAUUUUAUUGCCUUUUGUGUGUGACAGUCGUAUGAUUGAUGAUACAGGUUUUGUAUAGAGGCCAUUAGUUUAGCAUGAACUACUGCUGUGCAGCACAAAGUACUGUCUGUUACACUGAUGUACCUCAGAAAUCUGGGCCCACUUCAUUUUCUCUUUUUUGUAAUAAAUUUUGAAUGUUGCUCAAAGUUGUUGUUAAGCGUUCUCGACUAAACUACAGAUGCAAUGACAGCUUACGACGCUGCACUGAAGGCACCACCCAUGGAGGAAGAGGAGGUGGGAAGUGUGUACAAUAUGCAUGACAGAGUUGAAUGCAACAUCCAAACUGCAACAGUUUCAUACACAAGUCAAAACACCAUAGACUCACAUACAAAUGCUGUUUAUUCCUUGUGACUUUUUGGCAUAUACUUCAUCGAUUCACUGACUUCUGUACAUUAUACCAUUUUCCUUCUUAACAUUUGGGUUUUUAAAAACAGUGGUGCUCAGUAUAUAUCUGAAACUUAAACAUUUUUUUCUUUGAAUCUCCAUGUAAGCAUAGUCUAAGAUAAAUUAAGAAAUCCCUAACUGUAAAACUGAAGAAUUAAAAACUAGAGCAAACAUUUGCUCACAUUCCA